AUGCCGGAAGACUUUCCUUGCAACGACUGGAUGGAGACAUUGGUAUCAGACACUACGGACUCCGCAACACAUGAUUCGAAUGCACGGCUAACGGCAGCAUCUAUCCCUUCAGAAACAACAACAAAGGAGCCGUGGAUUGGCGGACAGCCUGCGAAUGCAACUGCAUACGACCCGUUGUACGAGGUCGCCAGAGAGAUUGUGGCAAGACUCAACUCUACCAUUCUAAAGAAAGCUCCGAACAGUCCAAUUCGUCUGGAACCAGGCGAGGCGUUGAUGAAACGCGCCGAUGACUUCUUCAGCCCUGAUAAUCUGCGUCGCUUCAUAGAGCUCUACUGGUCGACCUGGUACCCGCACUGGCCUGUGAUCCACAGGCCAACCUUCAUCUACACAAACAUUCCGUACACGCUCAUCGCAGUGAUGGUGCUGAUCGGGGCGAGUUACUCAGCUGACCCGGAAGACGGCUACUGGGCUAAGCUCUUUUGUGACGCAGUAGAGGAAACGAUUUUUGGUGACGAGUAUUUUGGCGACAGCUCCUCCUACUCGGCGUUGAACGCAGUCUGCGUUAACAGGCGCCUGAGAGCACUUCAAGCCGCCCAUGCUAUGUGUCUUUGCCAAUUCUGGGAAGGAGACGAUAGAGCAAAACGGCGAGUAAGGAAGCAUCGGUACGGACAGGUUGUCGCAAUGGCUCGAGAACUAGGCUUCGCCAAAGCUAUGCAUCUGGAUUUCGUAUCUCUCUCCGAAGCCGAGUUCGAUUGGGAGGAUUUUGCAUUCAAAGAAGAGCUCAUACGGACCCUCAAUUACAUUGUUGUACUCGACGGUGGUUUCGUAAUGAUGAACAACAUGCCUCCCAGAGUCCUGCCCUCCGAGUUGCGCGCGGAUCUCGUCUGUCCCGAGGCCUGUUUUCAGGCAAGCACGAAAGCCGCCUGCUUCAACCACCUGAGGACAUGGGUUUCUCAUCCUCUAUGGAGGGGUCGACGUAUCUCGAUCGCAGAAGCAUUGAAAAUCAUAAGCAGCAGCCGGGAAUUGGACUCUGAGACGGUGCAAUUCUUCACUCAUCUCGGGGACGUGAACCUGGGUAUUUUGAUCAUCGCCAUCCAUUCUGUGAUCUUCCAUAUUCGGUCAUCAAUCGGACUCCAGUAUGGUUGCCAGUCUUUUCAAUACUGGCUUCGGAACUGGAACUGCAUCUGGAUCCUCCGCUCACGGGAGAACGUCCCACAAGCAUUUGGAACACCGUCGCCAUCGGAAAAGGCAGUCGAUGAUUCAGAAGGACGGUGGCGAGGCCCUGGCUUCAUGAAGAACUCGUUGCAGUUCUGGUACCUGGCACAAAUUGUCCUUCGCUGGGCAUGCGAUCAGCAAUCUGAUCCACAAUACACGCUUGUGAGCACCGCUCCCAAUUAUAGUACCAAUUACGACCAAGCAGACAUGGCUACCCUGAAGGCCUUACUCAGAUUGGAGUAUAGUAGUCGAAAGCCUCCGGGUUAA